UAUAGACUGAACACAACUAACUGAAGUGUUGUGUUGUAAAGUAAGUGAUGAGUGUUGCCUAGCCAAAAAUGAUUUAGAAAGUCAUCUUGUGAGAAACCCAAUCAAAUGUCUAGUCAGUUUUGAACCAAGUUUGUUCUCAUCUGUAACUACCAUGAAUGAUUCCAGUACACCUGUUCAGUCUGUUCAACCACAAAACAUUAUGGAAGCCUACAUUCCAACAGAUAAUUACUUGUCAGGAGAAAAUGAAACAGUGGAUAAUUCCUUUCCUGCUCCUUCUUUGAGGACCAUGCUUAAACAACAAUUAGAAUUUUAUUUCUCAAGAGAAAACCUAGCCAGUGACUCCUACCUCCUUUCUCAGAUGGAUAGUGAUCAGUUUGUUCCCAUAUCUACUGUAGCAAAUUUCAACCAGAUUAGGCGACUAACCAAUGAUUUGAACUUAAUUACUGAUGUUUUGAGAGAAUCUCCCAAUGUACAAGUUGAUCAAGCUGGAGAAAGAGUUCGUCCAAACUACAAACGCUGUGUCCUUAUCUUAAGAGAAAUUCCCAAAACAAUGCCCGUGAAGGAAAUUGAAGCUCUGUUUGCAGGAGAGAAUUGUCCCAAAUUUUUGUCUUGUGAAUUUGCUCACAAUGAUAGCUGGUACAUAACAUUUGAAUCAAAUGAAGAUGCUCAGAAGGCUUACCGCUAUUUGCGUGAAGAAGUACGUACUUUCCAUGGAAAACCUAUCAUGGCACGAAUCAAAGCAAAGCCAGUAACAAGUGCUCCUUUCAUUAUUCGCUCUAAAAAUGGAUAUGGCCAGUGUGUUGAUGGUAAUAUGAAUGAACAGUUAUUGACUGCCCAAGUUCAGCAACAUCAGGAAUCACACCUACAGCGAUAUGCUUAUACAAAUCCAGGAAGUCUUUCCUAUGAUAAUCAACUUUUCCCACCAUUUUAUCCACCUACUGUGCUUCAAGCCUGGACACCAGCUAAUUCUGCAUGCUUGGACUUAGGAACUGUUUAUCCAGUGAAUGGCCUUCCACCUCAGCCUUCCUUUAAACCAUAUGGUAACAGUGGUAGACAUAAUAUCCGGGGAAGGGCUUCGAAAUCCUAUAAUCGUGGUCAGUACUCCUAUAGUCCAGAGCCACGGUCUAGGUUUUUUGAUCAGAGAGACAUUUCCUUUAUGCAACAACCUCAGCCAGCUUCAGCAUCUCUUCUGAGAACUGGUUUCACUUACGUUCCAUACACUUUGACUUCUCACAAUCCUUAUGGAUUUGGCAUGGACAUUCAAGAAUUUUUUACAUUUCCUAAACAGCCUGAUAGUCAUAUGCAUAGCUUUUACUCCCACUACAAUACCCAUAACCGUCAGGGGUCUUCUGCUAUUACUGGGUUCAAAGGAGGCACUCGGUCGACUAGUUCUUUAUCAAGCAAAGAUUGCAGUGAACAGGAAUCUUUCAGCCCAGUAAGUUAUACUUUGGAGCCUCGAGUGAAGAAUGCUGGAGCACAACCACAAAGAAGUUGGGCUGGACAAAAAAAGAAAGAGGAAUUUAAUCAAAAAGUGGAUAAUGGUAAUAACAUGGAAGAGAAAUUUGAUGCUACAGAUUUUGAUUUUGAAGCAACAUCUUUUCCUCCACUUCCAGGAUCUAAAGAAUCUCCUACAGCUGAAAAUAACAUCUGUGAAAGCCAUUUAUCAACAAAGAUGGGAGCUGUUGUGAAACCACCUAUGCGUGACAACAAAACCCAGACUGAGCUGUCACCCCCGACUGAGAAAGUAAACACUAAAGAUAGCUCUACUCUGACCAAUGACCUUUUGCAAGAAGUUCCAACAUCCCCAGUUUCACCAGAAGUGGAGGAGUCAGCUCACCAAGUAGUUGUAGAUUUUUGUUCACAAGGUGUUCAAACAAGUGAAGUUGAAGAUACUGGAUGGAAUGAAAAUCUUGAUGAAGAGACAAUGAAAAUAGCUGUGACUUGUUUAGCAAACGUCAUUACAAGUGAGAGGACAGCUUCAGUUAAUGCAAGCACAAGUUUUGAAAAUGUAGCUUGUUUCAUGACUUCUCCAACUGCUACAGUUAUCAGUGAUGUUAAAGUAAAAAGUUCUGUGACUUCUGUAAAACCAAUUAGUGUACUUAAAAACUCUGAUACUUCUGUUACUUCAAUUGAUACUGUUACCAAUGAUGUAGCUAGCCUUGUGACUCAUCCUGUUACUCUAAUUGACAGUAUUAUACCAAAAGAUAAACAUUCAGUUAUUUCAGAAGUUGAUAAUUGUGAGAGUGUCACCAAAAAUGCAUCAAAUAUUAUAACAUCUUCUGACACUGCAUUAGAUAUUGGUGUGUAUGUAUCAAGCCCUGUUACUAUAGUUGCAGCAAAGCAUUCUUCAAGCUCUUGCAGUUCAACUUCCAGUUCCUCCCCAUCAAGUAGAUGCCCUUCACCCAAGACUACUGAUUAUCAAUCACAUCCUCAGCAAAAGUUGAACUUGGAUAUACUAGAUAAUUCCUCUAUAUCCUCUACAUCAAAGCUGCCAGAUAUUUCCCAUCAAGAUAACAAAUAUACCAAACGAGGCAUAACGCAGCUUCCACAGACAAUUCAAGAACCCAUUGAUAAAGGACGUAAAUUAACUUAUUCAGAGGUAGCGCAAAGAGCCAAAGACAGAGUUGAAAAACUGGCUCAGGAAAUUAAAGAAAGAGAACGACAAGAGGCUAUGGUUCGCCAACAACGUCAUAUAAACACUUUACAAAACAAACAACAGUUUUCUGCUGCCCGGGGUGUCUCAAAAGAAAUUCUUAAGCCAAGAUCAAGUGACUAUUACAACUUGAGGUACAAUGAAAAGAAAACGGGACGUGCAUUGUUAAGUAAAAAGGAUAGAUUUCGACGUGUCACAUAUAGGUCCACUAAAGAAGAUAAGAACGAAAUUAAUCCAUUUGCUUAUACAACUGAAAGGCAAAAUUAUUAGAAUACAUUAGUUGGCAAACGACUUCAAAUAAAUCUAAACAUUGAUAUUAUGUUUAUAUAUAUAUAUAUAUAAAAAAAAUAGCUAAAUUUUCUUAUCUUCAGCCUAAAGUUCAUGAGAAACAUGGUAUCUUUGUAUUCCUCUCUUAAGUAGAUUAAAGUAAGUUAUACUGAAUUCUAGUGGUGACUAGAAGGGAAGUGCAUUCUCUGCAUUAUAUAAUGUUUUUUAUCAUAUGGUGCCUAAUAUCAGUUUAAAUUAAAUAUUAUAUUUAUUUUUUGAAUGUAGGAGAUGAAUAAAUUUAGCAUCUAUGUCUGUCUACUAUGUGUGUAUAUUUAUUUUUUCAGCUUUCAAAUUAACACUUUCCACUGAAAGAUCAGAAAGUUAAUUUAACACUUGAUUUUGUUCUGAAAAUAGUGAUACUUCUUACUAACCCACUUGUUUUGGAAUUAUUUAUCUUUUUUUUUCUGUUGGUUUUAAUAAACUUGGGUUUCUUGUAUUUAAAGUGUAACCAGAUAAACUAAAAGCUAAUUAUUUGUUUACAAAAAUAGCGUUCUACUAGUAUUUUGUUCUAUCAAGAUACUGAACUAAUGUAUAAAUAUUUCUGUAAGCUGUACUGUGUUUUAAGUUCACUUCAUUUUUCAUCUUUUCAAAGAAAUGCCUGGUUUAUGAAGAAUAAUUUGUCGUGAUUAUUGUUAUGUAUGUCAAGUGUAUUGUUACUAUUGUUAUUUGAGCUUAUAAAGAGUUCCUGAACUAUAUGAGUAUAGGCAUAUGUCUCUGUGAUAUCUGCUGUUGUAUGUGUCUAGACUGUCAAGGAUCAAGAUCAUACAAUUUUAUUUGCUGCUUCUCUUAAGACUAUUUUUGGAUAAAUUAUAACCAAAUUGUAUUUAUAUGUUAAAGCAAGUGUAUUUAUAAUAGUAAACGUAGACCAUUAAGCUUUAAUGAGAUUGGCUGAUGUAUGUCAAGAAAGCAAACAUUUAUCAGCCAGUUAUGGUGUUUAGUUAUUUACUGAAUAUGAAUCCUUAAGAGCUACACGUACAGUUAAAGAAUGACAGACCAUUAAGAGUGGUCCAUAGUGUUUACCUGUCAAUCUCCAUUACUUCCCAAAUGAGAAAGAUAAUAGGCUUGAUUUAGGGCUUUUUCUUUUACCACAUUAGUAGCUGAGCUCUGUUAAUUAAACUUUUUUCAUGAAAAGUAGAUAUUAGUUAAUAGUUAAGAUUAAUAGGAGGAUCUUUGUAUGAUUAUUCAAUUUAUAACAACUAACUUGUUUCUGAAGUAUUUCUUCAGCAUUAUUCCAAGCAGUAACAAAAUGUAUUACACGUUCCUUGUUUAAUGUUCAUUUAUUCUAUUAGUCAUAUUCCUUAUUUAAUGUUGCAUUUUUUCUACUAGUCAUCUUUAGUAUGUUUUUAGUUAAGCUACUAUUAAUUUCAACAAUAAUAAUUAGAACUUUUCACUGCAGAAUCUAAGUUUUUAAAAUAACUGAAAAUAUCUUCAGUGGUGUCUCUCACUUUUGUAAGAAAGAAAAAUUGUGUAACCUAAUUUUAGUUGUACCCUGAAUUAUUUUACAGGAGAUUGAAAUAUUGAUAAACUUUUGUGCAUUCCUUGGGAGAACUUCUCAUUUUUUAAUUAUUAUUUUAAAAGAUAUUUGAUAAUGCAACAGUAGAGAAAAUUUCACAUUUAAAAUGUAAAACUACUAAAGACAUUUAGUGAAAUUGCAAGUAUGAAUGAUGGAACUGUUAAUCUUUCACAUACUAGUUUUAUUUUUUCCAAGUAAUUUCAAUUUUCAAUGUUUUGGGGACUUGUUUACCUAAGUAAAAGAUUUUGAAUAGGCAAAUAUCUUAUCAUGAAAAUUGCAUAAAUGUUUUAUUUUAAAGAACAAUCAUAAAGUUAUUAAACUUCUUUAUGCUCUUUGUUUUAAUUAUAAAGAUGAAUACAGUUUAUUGUUCAAAGUCCCAAUAUUUUGAAAGUUUUCAUUUAUUAUUGAAACAUUUAUCAGUUUAAGUGAGAUGUAUUAAGAUACAUACAUACUUCAGUCAAAAUAUGUGCCUUUAAGCUUAAGUCUAAUAAAAUAAUAAUGCUGUGCAAAUGUCUGGAUUAUUACAUCAUUAAAAAUGGGAUGGAAGUCCUAUUCAGUAUAUACUAGUGAGAUAUUUAACAGUAUUCCUUACUGUUGCAUUAUCUGUUCUGUUAUGUAUUACAAGUUAUAUAUUUAUAAGGAUAAGUUUGUGAACCCUAAAUAUGACGUAUUAAUACAAACAUCAUUUGCAGUUUGCAGAUGGAAUAUCUAAUUCUAAAGAAAUUAGUACAGUGCUGAUUAAUGUCUCGGUUCUGGUUUUAUAACUUUACUAAUGUACUACCACAAACACUUAAUUCCACCACUAGAAUCAGUAUCAAGAUUUUCUAGUAUAAACUGGAGAUUUUUUUGAUAACUCAUCUAGUCAAGAAAUUUGCUAUAAGUUUAUUUUGUGAUAAAGGGAUGUAAGUGUUCUAGUAAUAUGCUGAGUGAAAGAUUAUGUAAAGGAAUAUCUUUUAAGGCUUCCUAUUGAUAAGUCAUAUAUGUUGAUGAAUAACUCUUUAGAGAUCCUUAGAAAACAAAGAGCAUUAUAGGCUACAUUUCAUUAAGAAAGUGAUUUGAUAAUAUAAUUUUCUUGGAUAUUAGAAAUGCAGUGGAGGAAAAUUACACAGAAUGACUAUUUGUAAAAACAAACAUUUUAACACAGUGCAUUAUCAGAUAAUCCAAAAGAAAAUCAUUUGGAAAAAAUCUUUGCUAGUAAUAUAACUGAUUAUUUAUAUUGUAGCUAGUGCAACAGAUCUCUAGGGGUUAAUACUGCAUGUACAAAACCCUUCCAGCCAAGCCCUUAAACUGGUAGGGUUGGCUUUAUUUGCAAAUUUGUUACAAAAAUAUAUAUAAAUAUAUUUUUUUUCGUUAAAGCUGUUCAGUAAAAGUAUU